AUGGCGAGACUUGAUCGGGUGAAAAACAUCACUGGGCUAGUAGAAUGCUAUGCUAAAAAUAGCAAGCUAAGGGAACUGGCAAACCUUGUCAUUGUGGCAGGUUACAAUGAUGUCAAGAAGUCCAAUGACAGAGAAGAAAUCCAAGAAAUAGAGAAGAUGCAUGAUCUCAUUAUGAAAUACAACCUGCUUGGCCAAUUUCGAUGGAUAGCAGCCCAAACAAAUCGAGUGCGUAAUGGUGAGCUUUACCGCUAUAUGGCUGACAAGAGAGGCGCGUUUGUGCAGUGGUGGAGGCCAUGA